AUGGGCACCUACAGCUCACUGAGCCUGGUGCGCCAGGGCGACGGGGAGCGGGCCAUCGGGGACGCGGGCCUGGACCGCGAGCGGCUGUGCGGCCGGGCCCCGCAGUGCGUGCUGGCCUUCGACGUGGUCAGCUUCUCGCAGGAGCAGUUCCGACUGGUGCACCUGGAGGUGGAGGUGAGGGACGUCAACGACCACGCGCCGCGCUUUCCCCGGGCCCAGGUGCCCGUGGAGGAGUCCGAGGGCGCGGCCGUGGGCACGCGCAUCCCCCUGGAGGUGCCGGUGGACGAGGACGUGGGCGCCAACGGCCUGCAGAGCGUGCGCCUGGCCGAGCCGCACAGCCCGUUCCGCGUGGAGCUGCAGACGCGCGCGGACGGCGCCCCGUGCGCCGACCUGGUGCUCCUGCAGGAGCUGGACCGCGAGAGCCAGGCCACCUACAGCCUGGAGCUGGUGGCCCAGGACGGGGGCCGCCCGCCCCGCUCGGCCACCGCCGCCCUCAGCGUGCGCGUGCUGGACGCCAAGGACCACAGCCCGGCCUUCCCGCAGGGCGCCGUGGCCGAGGUGGAACUGGCGGAGGACGCGCCCGUGGGCUCGCUGCUGCUCGACCUGGACGCCGCCGACCCCGACGAGGGCCCCAACGGGGACGUGCUCUUCUCCUUCGGCGCCCGCACCCCGCCAGAGGGGCGCCGCCUCUUCCGCCUGGACCCGCGCUCCGGCCGCCUCACGCUGGCGGGGCCCGUGGACUACGAGCGCCAGGACACCUACGAGCUGGACGUGCGGGCGCAGGAUCGCGGCCCGGGGCCCCGCGCCGCCACCUGCAAGGUCAUCGUGCGCAUCCGCGACGUCAACGACAACGCGCCCCACAUCGCCAUCACCCCGCUGGCCUCCGCAGCUCUUGGAGGUGCGGACAUGACCUCCUCUCUCAGCUCCCAGAGGACCUAG